AUGUCUACCACUGCAACCACCACUCAAACACCGGAGCCAAACAUUAAGCUGCGCAGACCUUGUCAUGGUGGCCCCAAUGCUAUGCGCCUGGACGGCCUGGAUCCCAAGUGGGGAGACUUUAGAGAUGACCUCGCCCGAGACGGGUAUGCCGUUGUGAAGGGAGCUGUGCCACGUGAGCGAGCUAUCAAAUACGCAGAGGAUAUGUAUUCAUAUCUGGAAGGCUUCGAGCUGGGCUACAAGCGUGACGAUCCUUUAACCGUCUCCAAGGCUACACUUCCUGUCAUUAACGAGAAGGGGAUGUGUAUGCAUUACUGUGUCGGACAUGAAGAUUUUGUCUGGAAUGUUCGAAGCGAGCCCGGGGUAAUCGACGCCUUUGAGAAGGUCUAUGAUGAUAAGGACUUGAUUGUCUCCUUCGACGCAGUAAACUUCGCACUUCCAAACCGCACCGAUAUGCCCCCAAACAAGCCCUGGCCCCAUCAAGAUCAAGAUCCCAAGAAGUCAGGGUUCCGUUGUUUGCAGGGCCUUGUCAACAUCCUCCCAAAUGGACCCAAGGACGGCGGCCUGAUCGUUUGCAAGGGCGCUCAUCUUCUUUCAGAGGACUUCCACCGGGAAUUUGCCGAUGAGCCUCGCAUUCCAGCGUGGACUCCCGAAUGGUUUGGGUAUACCGAAGCUGGUAUGAAAUGGCUUGCUGACCAUGGCUGUGAGUGGGUCAAAAUCGACGCUGAGCCUGGUGACUUGCUUCUGUGGGACUCUCGUACCCCCCAUUAUAACCUGAGUCCCUCCGGCGACCAGGCUCGAUUUUGCAUUUAUACAUGUUAUAUGCCAGUCUCUUCUGCCACACAGGAAGAUCUUAUGAGAAAGAAGAAUGCUUUUCUCACUUGGCGUUUGACCAGUCACUGGCCCAAUACUAAGGAUUUUGCUCCUCUAGGUGCCAAGCGUGACGGUGAAGAUUGUCCUCACAACCGUUUAGAGCCUCUUCACAAGCCUGUUCUCGGUGAGCGUGCUUUCAAGUUGACCGGCAUCCCUUACAUCAAGGUGUAA